UGAACAUGACCAUAGACGAUCGGCGCCUUUAACAUCACCUCGCGUCCGAAUGAUCCCGAAUGGCCGUCACCGGAACCUGGGUCGUUAUGGGUGAACAUGUGAAGCGAUGUAAAACCACGAUCACAGCCAAGAUGUCCCUCCCCAGUGGCGGGGACGCGCUGCCCUCUACCAGCAGCCACUCGACGCCCCGCCCCGCCUGUCAGCAUCUCCGGGCGGCACAGAGGAGCCGGGAGUCCGCAGGAGCAGGCAGCACGCAGUCCAGCGGCGCCCGCGUUCGUCCGACACUCAGCCAGAGCCGCUCCCGCAGGCACUGGAGCUGACGAUGGCGGCGGCUGUAGAGCGAGGAGGCGUCCGGGCCGCCUUCCUGAACCCGAGCAGCGGCGGCGGCGGUGGACCGGCGCCGACGAGCCUCCCGACCGGAGCGUUAGCCGCGGCUGUGGUCCUGGGCUCGGGCUCGGGCUCGGGCUCCGGCGGCAUGCCCGUACCCAUGAACCUCUUCGCGACCUGGGAGGUGGACCGAUCGUCCCCGAGCUGCGUGCCGAGGCUCUGCAGCCUCACGCUGAAAAAGCUGGUCGUCCUCAAAGAACUGGAUAAAGAGCUGAACUCCCUGUCUAUAGCGGUCAAAAUACAGGGCUCUAAGCGUCUUCUCAGAUCAAAUGAGUACAUCCUCCCACCCAGCGGACUGAUGGAGACAGAUCUGGAGCUCACAUUCUCACUACAGUACCCUCAUUUUCUGAAGAGGGACGCCAACAGACUGCAGAUCAUGCUGCAGAGGAGGAAACGCUACAAGAAUCGAACCAUCCUGGGCUACAAAACUUUGGCUGUGGGAGUUAUCAAUAUGGCUGAGGUGAUGCAACACCCAACAGACGGAGGACAGAUUCUGGGUCUCCAUAGCAACGUGAAGGAGGCGCCAGUGCGCGUGGCGGAGAUCAGCGUGUACUCUCUGUCCAGCCAGCCCAUCGACCACGAGGACGGUAGCGGCCAGGCUGGCCGCAAGACCAAAACCUCAGACCGCUCCCCAGACAUGGAUAAUUAUUCUGAGGAGGACGAUGACAGCUACUCUUCAGAGCAAGAAGCCAGUGAUGACGCAGUUCAUGGCCAGGAUCUUUAUGAUGAAGACGAUGAGGUCAGGAAGCCCAAGAAGGCCCGGAGGAAAAUGAUCCGAACCACCUCAAUGACCAGGCAACCUAACUUCAAGCAGAAGUUUGUGGCUUUGCUGAAGAGGUUCAAGGUGACCGAUGAGGUCCUGGACUCUGACCCAGUGGACCAGACCCAGGAGGUGGAGGAGGACCUGGACUUACUCUACGACAGUCUUGAGGUGUACAACCAGAGCGACAGCGGGCCAGAGAUGGAGGACAACGAGAGUGUCCUGAGCACACCAAAGCCUAAACUCAAGCCGUUUUUUGAGGGCAUGUCUCACUCCAGCUCUCAGACAGAAAUUGGAAGCAUACACAGCCAAAAGAGCCAGCAGAGAGAGCUGUCAUAUGCUAGUGGAGACUUUCUGACUGUGGAAAGGUGUAAAGUGCAAGGGGCUCGGUAUCAAGAUGACAGUGUCGCAGAAGCAACUGUUGGGGAGCCCGAGACUGACGACAACGGGCCGGUGCCGGGGCCGGGGGAGGUGAGCAGCUGGGAUGUCAACACUGAACGGGUUACCAGCACUGUUGGCAAGCUCUGCAAGACGGAGUCCCAAAACCACAUGUCUCCAAGUAAAGUGGAGAACAAGCUGCAGAGGCGUCCUCGCAGCACCUCCAUGAAAGACAGACAGAACUCCAAGGCGCAGAGCGACAGGACCAGCAGCAUGGAGAGCGAGUGCUCCCCAGACUCACGACUCAUGGCACAGGUUCCCAGGAAGUCUGUGUACGACCAACUGAACCAGAUCCUCAUCUCUGAUGAACGCCUUCCAGAGAGCAUCAUUCUCAUCAACACCAUGGAAUGGCAAGGACAGUAUGUAGCUGAGUUGCUCCAUGAACAGGCCCAGCCCAUUGUGUCCACCUGCUCUGCUGCCGAUGUUCAGGCUGCCUUCAACACCAUCGUAACUCGCAUCCAGAGAUUCUGUAACUGCAACGCACAGACGCCGCCGACGAUGAAGGUGGCGGUGGCUGGCGACCAGAGUUACCUGAGCACCAUCCUGAGGUUCUUUGUGGAGCAGCUGGCCAACAAGACACCUGACUGGCUCAGUUACAUACGCUUCCUGGUGAUCCCCAUAGGUUCUCAUCCUCUGGCAAAGUACGUGGCCUCGUUUGACAGCAGGUUCAACAGCAUCUUUAUGGACACUGCGUGGAGGGAGCUGUUCUGCAGGACAGAACGGCCAGCCUCAGAUAACAUAGAUGUAGCAGGACGAGUCGUUCAGUAUCUGGCCGGUGCCAACGUGUCCCACCAGUUCCCCAUCUCAGAAGCCAUGCUCACCUACAAACAGAAGAGCCCCGAUGAGGACUCCUGUCAGAAAUUUGUGCCAUUUAUUGGGGUUGUGAAAGUUGGGAUUGUGGAGCAGAGUCUCUCGACCUCAGUGGACUCAGAUGAUGCGAUGGGAGGCAACACAAGCAUCCUGUCCUCCCCAACGCCCCCAUCGGCUGGUCUGUAUGGGAAAGAGAUCGGGGGCACUCCCCCACAGUCUCCCUCCGUGUCCACCGCCCUGUCUGGAGCUGGUUCUCCGUGUUCGGGCAAUGAGGUCAUGGGGCUCCAGGUGGACUACUGGACGUGGCAAGGCCCGGAGAAGAAGAAGGAAGGUGAGAAGAGAGACGUGGGACUGAAGAACACCCUGAAGAGUAAUUUCCGUUCACUGCAAGUCAGCCGCCUCCCCUGUGGAGGGGAGCUCACCCCGCCACCCAGCAUGGCCAUGACUGUUGUUACCAAGGAGAAGAACAAGAAAGUGAUUUUCCUCAGCAAAAAGCCCAAGGAGAAAGAGCUGGACUCUAAGAGCCAAGUGAUCGAUGGGAUCAGCAGGUUGAUCUGCACAGCCAAGCACCAGCACACGAUGCUGAGAGUCACCAUUGAUGGAGUGGAGUGGAAUGAUGUGAAGUUUUUCCAGCUUGCUGCCCAGUGGCCGACGCACGUCAAGCACUUCCCGGUGGGAAUCUUUGGUUACACAAAGCCCGUGUGACCCCGGCCGCCGCCGCCUCAUCGACCACCGCCAGACUCUUCGCACUUGUCUCACCGAGAGGCUGCAGAGCAUCAGAGGAAAAGCCAACUGGCCCCUGGCAGUAAUAGUUUUCCUGUGGAAAUCUUACUGACUCAUAACCGUGUUCAAUACACAAUUUCAUGUUGUCGAUUGGAUGUUUUCGAUGUCGUUGGGUGUUGUUGUUGUUUUUUACACACUACAGAAAGAACAAUUACUAUUUUGUAAGAUUUGUGCUACCGCCUCGGAGGUAUUUUGAGGUUUCUGACAAUUUGCCACAUUUCGAUAAUGGCAGCUGUGUUUGCACUUUGUUUUUGUUAACAUUUUAUUAUUUCUGUGAAAUCCUACAUUUAUUGUUACUCUAUAGACAAUGGAGGAGUGUGGUGGUGAUGUGCAGUGGCGUGCGUGAGAUUGUUUGUGUUUGUUGUUGAAAGUUGGAAAAUUGCUGUGAACCUAGAUGGAAUCCUUCUCUUCUAACUCAGUGCUCCGUUUUCUUACUCGUCCCUUUACUUUCUCAAAAAGGUCAAUUUUUAUAGAAAGGAACAUAAUAUUCUUUUUUUUGUCUCGUUGCUUUUAAGCACACUGUACCUAAAGCAAAUCAAAAAAACAAACAAAAAAACAACUUGAGCAAUGUAUUUUUGAAGGUAGCUAUAAUGAAUGUAGCUAUGACACAUUUGUAACACCUAAGCAGCUCAUCAAAUGAUUUCAUUAAUGUCAGUACUGGAGGUUUUGUAUCGAUGUUAGUAUACAUUUGGACUGUGCAGUAACUUAAGAAGCAAGGUAACGUGACACACAAACAACAUAUUUCAACUCCCAACAGCUGAAUGCCAAAUUUAGUUGCGACUGUCUGAAUUGUCUUAUUGUUUCAAGGUCCUGAAUAUUUUUUCGCACACUCCCCGUGUCGUAAUGUGGCUUUUCUUGGAGUAUAUUCAAGAUGUGUGGCAGCGUUUCUUUCAUGGCCGCCCCCGUGUUUCAGCUCCCCUGAGAAGACGACUCGCAGACCUGCAGGAACUUAGUAAAUAUUGGAUUCCUCCAGAUGUGCAGUGAUGUGCCAAAGUCAAAUUUGUUUUACAGUGUAACCACCAGAGCUCUUGGCUCGGCCAAUCCUUAUUGUUUGUUCAACUUAAAACUAAUAUAUAAUGUACUUGUGGUCCCCAUGGAGAUCAGUAUUAAGAUUACUGAGUUGAUUUAAAAAAAUAGAGAUAAAUCAAAUUAUCAGAUUAUUGCUCUACAUUUGGCCAAAUGUAAACUCAUGACACUUCCUAACCAACCAUUGUGCCCUGUAACACUGGUUCAUCAAGGCCGGACACGCACCGGAAACCGACCCUGUAACUGAUGCGGAUGGCUCGGUCGGGUCAUUCAGUAUAAUUGUGUUAUUGGUGAAUCUCUAAUAAGAAUGAGUUGGUCUGAUUUGAAACACGCUGCAAGUAUAUUUUGAAAUAUAAUGAAAAGUGUACGGAGUCUGGCCAGAUGUCCAAGUCACUGCCUGUGGGGGCGGGGGGGUGUGUGUGUAUGCGUCUGUGUCUGUGUAGGUGUACUAUUUGUUCGAUGGUACUCCCUGAAUAGUGUUGUGUGGAAUUCCAUUGCAAGAGGAAACUUAGGACGAAGGGCCUUCUGUAUGAGUGUGUUUUUUUUAUAGUGAAGACUUACAAGCUUUGAUAGGCUGGCUUUUUUUUUUUAAGCAUUGUAUAUAAGUAUAUACAAGAUGUACUAUUGUGAAUUGCAACCCCCCUCCCCCCUCCACUAAAUUGAAAGCACAACUAGCUGACCUUUAUUUCUUGACAUAAAUACCAAAUAUAUAUACAGAACUCAUGACUAUGAAGUAGUUGACUUGUACAAUGCGAACACUAGUAGGUAUGUCAUUGCUCAUACAGUUCCCUCACGUUGUAAUGCACUUUCAUGUGGUUUGAGACACAUUUUAGCUCAAAUUGGGACACACUUUGGUUCUGAGGUGGUGUUAGAGGUGUUAUGAAAUGUAAACCACUACCUGUAGUCAAGAGAAGGCCUUUGAUUUUAAAAAAUUAUCCUUUUUUAAAAAAUUUUCAUGAGGAUGUUGUUUAUGUUGAUGGUUCUCAAAACCCUCCGGGGUCUGGAAAAGCAUCUCGGCCGUCUGUUACAUAAUGAAUUUUGCCACUUGAUGUUGAAGAGCUUAUUUUGCAGCUGCCAUCAUACCUGUCUGCCCGCGACGAUACAGUCAAAUUUUCUUGUAUCCUGCCUUUUUUUUUUUUUUUUUAAGGGUUCACCGUCUCCUCUCAGUCAGGGGACCAGGUAACCCCAACAUAUUCUUAAUCUCGGGCAGUGAAGUGUUUGCCAGGGCAGAGUUGUUUGAGGGAAUUUGUCAUGUGACUUAGCCGUUUAAAUACUGAAUUGGCUGAAUGACAAAAGGAUUUCAAUGUAUCUGACCUCAAGGUUGUUGGUUUUUUUGCCCUAAAUCUAGAGAUAGCAUGGGGGUGUUUUACAAGGCUGGAUCAAUGAGCAGGCAUGUUCACUUUUUCACCGUAAUUAAGCACUGCAAAAAGAAAAUUUAACAUCCGCGUUAAUGUUGUUCAACGAUGGUCAAACGACAUGCCAUCUCAUUGCUCCGGUGACUUGAAGUGCCACCCAGUGUCUUUGCACAAACCCUAUUUUAAAUGACAUGACAGUAUUUUUAAAUUUACCACUAAAAAUAUGGGUUACUCUGCAUGUUUUACUAUAGAUGUAAAUAUGUUUUGGAUUUUUAUAUCGUUUUGUUUCUUUCCAUGCUCUCACAAGCAGUUGUGUUUAAUAAAAUUUUUAAUCUUCUGUACAAAAAA